UUGGGUUUCUUCUCCCCAGUCCCUGGCUCUACCUCUUCUGCGCACGUCACCAUGGCAGAAUCUUUAGGCCCUUUGUCUGAUCCGAGGGCUGAAAGUACCAUCCUGGAAAUCAACCAGCAGCUUCAAUCCCAGCUGGCACAAAGCAAACAGGACUUUAGAGACCUCAGAGAGAAAUUUCUUGUAUCUGAAUCUACUGCCUACAUCCUGGCCAACCAGCUGCAGAAAUACAAGUGUGGAGAGUGCAAAGGCAUCGUUGAGUCCGUGCUGGGAGAGAAGCUGCAGUUUGAGGAGGGGAAGCUGACAGAGAAGGCAGCCUUAGUUGAGAAGCUCAGGAAAUGUGAUAUCCUAAUUCAAGAUCAGGCUCAAGAGCUGACCCAGUUACAGCAAAAGAUACAGGAAGGCAGAAAAGUCUCUGUCGUACUCAAUCAGUGUCUCCAAGACCUCCUCAGCCACAAUGACCCUGCCAACUACCAGGGGCAGGGCUUCCGAGAGCAACUGGCUGAGGGACACAGGCUGGCAGAGCGCCUUGCCCAAAAGCUCAGCCCAGGUAAGGCAGUCACAGGCCCUGAUUGUAUUGAGCUGUUCCAAGAGAUUCCACUUACAAGGGAAUUUUGUUUUUAA